AUGUCCACCCUUCAAGCCGUCCGCUACUCUCGCGGCAAGCUCGAGGUCCUUGACCAGCUCCGCCUCCCGCACGAAUUCCACUAUGACCAAGUCUCAACUCGCCAGGAAGCCUUCGACAGCAUUGCCUCCAUGCGAACCCGUGGCGCCCCUGCCAUUGCCAUCGUCGCCAGUCUUGGGCUUGCUGUUGAGCUUUUCAAUGGUCCCGUAGCUGCUGAUUCGCCUCAGCAAGUCAUUGCCCACAUCGACGAAGCCCUCGACUACCUGAAGCAGAGCCGUCCCACCGCCGUCGAUCUCACCAACGCCAUUAACCAGCUCAAGGCGCGGAUACGGACGUCUGGUGAAACCAAGGCGUCUAUUAUACAGGGAUUUAUCGAAGAAGCCGAGAACAUCUUCGAAAAGGACCUCAAGACAAAUCUUGCCAUCGGGGACUACGGCGCCGAGUGGCUCAAGGCGCAAGUUGGCGCGACACCAGAUAACACCGUUUCCGUUCUCACGCACUGCAACACCGGCUCUUUGGCUACAUCCGGCCACGGCACGGCGCUUGGCAUUAUUCGAACCCUGCAGGCCAACGGCCAACUACGACAUGCAUUCUGUACGGAGACCAGGCCGUACAACCAAGGCAGUCGCCUCACUGCCUUUGAGCUGGUCUAUGAAGGCAUCCCCAGCACCCUGAUUACCGAUUCCAUGGCCGCAUCCCUAUUCCGCACCAAAAAGGCUGAGAAGAACAUUGUGGCUGGGGUUGUCGGCGCCGACCGACACCACGGCAUCAAGUUUUUGGUGGCGGCGCCGACUACCAGCAUCGAUCUGGAGACGGAAACUGGGGAUGGCAUCAAGAUCGAGGAGCGCAAGCGGGAGGAGCUGACCCAGGUGACUGGUGCUGUCAUCAAGGCUGAUGGCAGGGUGGAUGAGAGCACAAAGGUCAGGGUUGCCACGGCCGAUCAGAGGAUCGAGGUGUGGAACCCCGCGUUUGAUGUUACGCCAGCCGAGUUUAUUGAUGCCGUGGUGACUGAAAAGGGAGCAGUCGAGAAGGGACCCGAUGGCAAAUUCGACUUUGGCAAGAUAAUGCCAGAACGGUGGGCAAAAGUGGCUGGGGCGUGA